CGGCUUUUGCUUCCUUCCUCCCUCCUUCCCUCAGGGGCCUAGCAACCGGGUACGCCCGGGCGCCGAAUCUCCAGACGAGAUCGCGCCCCCGCAUCCGACGCCGCCGGCGCCGGAGCCCGCUGCGGUGAGCGCCGCUCUCCGCCUCCGAUCUAGAGGGACAUUUGGAGAAGCAUAAGACAAUAAGAAUUGGGAUUCCAUUCAUUCUAUCUCGGGUGUUACAAUAAUGUGGAGGCUCAAUCCCUUUGGCGGGAAACCACAGAGUGGGUUGGAAGGCCGGACCAUUGAUGUUGGAAAUGUGAAGAUUACAGUACGAAAUGCCAUUGCACAAGGAGGUUUCUCUUGUGUAUAUCUGGCAUGUGACACAGUACAUCCAUCAAAGUCGUAUGCAAUGAAGCACAUUAUUUGCAAUGAUACGGAAUCGCUUGAUCUUGUCAUGAAGGAAAUCCAGGUUAUGAACCUCCUCAAAGGGCAUCCUAAUGUGGUCACACUUGUUGCGCAUGAUGUUUUUGAUAUGGGCCGCACAAAGGAGGCACUUCUUGUGAUGGAGUUCUGUGAGAAGUCCUUGGUGAGUGCAAUGGAGAGCAGAGGUAGUGGUUACUAUGAGGAGAAGAAGGCACUUUUAAUUUUCAGAGAUGUCUGCAAUGCUGUUUUCGCCAUGCAUGGACAGUCACCACCAAUUGCACAUAGGGAUCUCAAAGCUGAAAAUGUUCUUCUUGGAUUUGAUGGUGCAUGGAAAAUAUGUGAUUUUGGAAGCACGUCAACAAAUCAUAAAUGCUUCAACAAACCAGAAGAGAUGGGAAUCGAGGAAGAUAUCAUUAGGAAACAUACGACCCCGGCAUACAGGGCCCCUGAGAUGUGGGAUCUCUACAGAAGAGAAGUUAUUAGUGAGAAAGUCGACAUUUGGGCCUUGGGAUGCCUUUUGUAUAGAAUAUGCUACUUCAAGUCUGCAUUUGAUGGAGAAUCCAAGUUGCAGAUACUCAAUGGCAAUUAUCGUAUCCCUGAGCAACCCAAGUAUAGCACUGAUGUCACAGGGUUGAUCAAAGAUAUGCUGGAAGCCUCUCCAAAUGCCAGGCCAGACAUCAUGCAGGUCUGGUUUCGUGUUAACGAGCUACUGCCACUUGAGUUACAGAAAAGGUUACCUGAUGGACCUUCAUCAGCCAUUUCCAUGAGUUUGCAAGAUGAAGGUGCUCAUAGAAGAACACAUGUGAUGCCUAGAAGGAACCCUCCACCGCCUCCAAGAGAGCAAUCUAAUAGUUCUUUAUCGCAUGGAAGCUCAAGGGCAGGAGAUGCACCUUUAGGUGCAUUUUGGGUGACACAGCAUGCGCAAGGUGCUCAAGCUGUGGAUAAUAGGAAACCUCUGUUUGACGAGGAGCCAAUUAAGCUAUCAUUGUCAUCAAAACAGAACCAAAGCAGGGUGGACACCAGCAUCAGUAUCCCUGGGGAUAGGCAUGGUCAUUCUGUUCAAUCGUCACGAACAAGUAAAGCACCAAGUAACUCUGUGCCCAAUAAUGGAUUCACAGGUGUCUCCGACACAAAUUUGUUCACGGAGACACAAUGUUCUGUGCAAAUUAAAGCACACCAACCUCAGCUCAAGCCAAAAUGUGAAAAAGAUCCAUUCAGCAGCUUUGUUGCAGAUUUUGAUACACACAAUCUCAACAUUGCUGCUGGUAAGGCAUUUGAACUUGAACUCAAAGUGUCCAGUCUGAAAGAGCAGUUGAAGAAAACCACAUUGGAGAAGGAUGAGAUGACAGCCAAGUAUGAAAAGCUAUCUGCAAUAUGCCGAUCGCAGCGUCAAGAGAUCCAAGAGCUGAAGCGCGCUCUUGCUGAGACAACACCUCCGUCAAACAAAGUCAGCUCAAGGACACAAGACUCUGGAUCUCAGCGAAAGGAGAAGGUUGAAGGAACGGUGUGGGAGCUUGAACAAGGAAUGCUUGCAAGCAACUCUUCGUCAGCCGGAUCUGAUGCCAAAACAUGGCAGGCAUUCCCUGACACAAAGGCCCAGGCGCAGGCCCAGGCUCGACCAAAGGUCGAUCAUGCAACUAAUGGGAGGCAAAACCUAACCAAGAACACAAACCCAGGUCCUUCCCCUGAUGCAUGGGGUUUUGGCACCAAUAAUUUCAGAACGUCAGCAGCAGCAGUAAGCACUGCUACUCAGAUCAACAACAGGGCUGCUGGUCAAGGGAGCUCCACCCAGAGAUUUAGUGCUGGAGUGGCGAAGAAAGUGGAGCAGCCAUCUGGAUGGGCUGGUUUUUAAUGUCACAGCAACAUGCGGUAACCAUCAUUCUUGUUUGAAAUUUGCAAACUGCCCUACGCUGCUUGCCCUGCUCUUGCAGAUGGACGAGCAAGCUGAUGAUUCUUUCCUGCUAAAUGGCUUUGACAUCGGUAAUCUUGAGUGUGUUCAUCGUUGGUUGAGCCAACUUAGACAUUGAUUCAUGCGAUCGUCUGACAUUACCUUGUUAAUAAGUAAAUAUUUACAGUGCUGUACGUAUUUCUGUGUAUGAAGUAUGACCAUGUAAUGACUGACUGCUCUAGCAGUAUCAAUGCCAAGGUAUAACGUUUCA